AUGACAGAUAGUUCUCAUGUAGAAAUUCCUAUUGAGGAGGCUACGGAUAAAAAUUUAGAAAUUCCUAUUGAGGAGGCUCCGGAUAAAAAUGUAGAAAUUCCUAUUGAGGAUGUUCCGUAUAAAAAUGUAGAAAUUCCUAUUGAGGAAGCUCCGGAUAAAAGUGUAGAAAUUUCUAUAGAGGAAAUAAAAAAAAUCUCGAAGAUUGUUUGUUCGCCUAAUAUGAAAUAUGUUGCGGCAUUAGACGAAGGUAGCAAUAUUAGUAUCUGGACCAUCGUUAAUAACGAGAAACUUUUAGAGAAACACAUUAAAAAUAAUUGUACAAAAGAAAAAGAUAGACUAUUUGCAAUUUCAGAUAAUAUGCAUACUUCAAUUGGUCUUGAUAGAGACCAUCCCUACAAUUUUAAAAUUUUCAAUUUUAAUAAAUUUGACAAUGAGAAAUAUGAAAAGGAAGAAUUGUUAACUUUUCCAGAUAGUCAAAAGGAAAUUGAUAUCUUGUCCUUUACUGAUAAUGGAAGAAUAGUAAUGGUUAAUAAUAAAUUUUACAGAGCAUAUGUUUUUUCAAGUGAAGAUAAUAAGUGGAUUUGUGAAUCAAUGAUUGAACUAAAAUAUUUUAACCAAAUUUAUAUUACACUUAAAGGAAAGUUGAUCAUAUUUAAUGAUACGAUUUAUGAGAUAACAGUAUGGGACAUUGAAACGUUAUCGGUUGCAACUCGUACUAUAAUUGAGUGGAAUUAUACAAUUGAAUCUAUUGAAAUUAGUGAUAAUGAAGAAUUAUUAUUAAUAUGUGCAAAAAGUGAGGAAACUAAAGAAACACGUUUAUAUGUCUUCUCCACCGAAACUGGGAUAAACCUAGCAUUUUUUAAUACAAAAUACGUUAUCGAUAGAUUUCACUUGAUCGCUUCUAAAAAAGGAGAAAGAUUACUUUUUGUAUUAGACGAUCCACCAGAUAAGCAAUAUAAUAUAAUGGAUCCUUAUCAUUUAACAAAUGCUAUAGAUGCGAGUGAAUUUUUUGAAAAUGACCAGAUUCAAGAACCAUACGUAAUUCAAUCAGACAAAAUAAUUUAUAUGACUGAUGGGAAUUUGUCAAUCAAAGAUUUAGUGCCUAAUAAUUCUGAUGAUUGGAUGAAAUAUUUACGAAAAGAAUUGAAGGACACAAACAGCAUUACAACACCAUCUGAAAAGACAACUAAAAUUAUAAAGAAUAUAUUAAAUAAUAAAUAUAAUAAAUAUAUUUCUGAUAAUGAAGAAUUUGAAGGGCAUUAUUUUAAAUGGGGAUUAGAAUUAGGCAGCAACUCAGUAAUGCUUACAGUAACUGACUUUAACCAUCGCAAGAAGAAUUGGAAUCCUAAUAAUAAAAAAAACCGACUAGAAAUUCUUCCAUCGUUUCAUAAGGAUCAAAAAAAAUUUAUAGCACACUGUGAAGUUCUUGAUAAUGAUGAUUUUAUUAUGAUUACACGUAUUGGUGUAAUUAUCUGGACUUUUAAGUUUUCUAAAGCCAAUAAGACCAAAGAAAUUAAGUUGCAUUAUUAUUGGAAUGAUUGUAAUAGCCGUUUAGAGAAUUUCGUAUCCGACCAUAAUGGUAGUUUAAAGGAAUUCGACUUCAGUGACUUAAAAUUUGAGGAUCGCUUUAAGAAUUGGACUUCGGCAAGAAUUCUCCCUGCUUCAAGUUAUGAAACUAUCUAUAAAAAUUUGGAUAUUAAAUUUGGUAACGAACAGCUUUUUGAACAGUUUUUAAAAGAUAAUAUUUUUGAAGAAUUUUAUUUAAUUUGUUAUGGAAAAAAUCUCAUGAAAACAUUUAUAUCAGUAAAGGAUGAUAAAUGGAUUAGAUCUUUAGGCGGCAGCUGUGUGGAUAAGUGCAUGCAGGAUAAUAAUCAUCUAAUUUUUAAAAUUCCUUUGCUAAGUAUUAUUUUUGAAAAUUUUGUUGAAUUAUCAGAAAAUCAUCCUGCAUUUAUAGCAAGUAUUUUAUCUACGGUAGCAUUUAUAGCCCCUACUACCAAAAUAAGUUCGGAAUCAACUUCUUCUCAUCUUUCUAGUUAUGGAAGAUAUUGUCAUUUAUCCAGAACAUCAUAUUUUGAUAUAAUUACAUCUAAUCUUUUUGAUCAUUUUAAUAGUUUUCAAAAUAAUUUUCAAAAAUUUCAAACAAAUCAUCCUCUUUUUCGAAAAUUCAUUGUAAAGCUUUAUGAAAAUCUAGUUAAACCCGUGAAGGAGUUUUAUUAUACUAGUUAUAGUUCAACAGUUCUUGCAAUUCCUUUACCAAACUUUGUUUCCUAUUCAAAAGUAUAUAAUUCAUGGAAAGAAUUUAUAUUACCUAAGCCCAACUGUUUUACAUAUUCGAAUAAGCUUGAAAUGAUAAACGAAGAAUUUUAUAGAUAUUUAAAUGGAGAAGCGUUACUUAAAUUUAAAUGGAAUACUUAUGGAAGAAAAUAUUAUUUAGCAAUAUGGUUUAUUUAUACAGUUUUUCUUUGUAGUUUUAUAAUAGCUGCAACGUUUGACAAAACUAUCUCUCAGCUUGGUCUGUCCAUUCUUUUAAAUAUUUCUAUUUUUCUUGGAAUUUGGCAUUUAAUUUUUGAAGUCCGCCAAGUUAUUUUUGCACCAUUAACUUAUAUGUCUAGUGCUUGGAAUUGGUUUGAUUUAGGUGCAUUUUUAUUGCCAAUGAUAACAUCAAUUAUAUGGCUUCAAAAUGAUGUUAUGCCAAUCGAAUUGGCUACUUUUUCUACUUUAUUAUUAGAAAUUAAAUUUUUAUGUUUUUUUCGUGCUAUUAAAUUUUCCGGGACUUAUUUCUCUAUGAUACUUGGAGUAGCUAAAAAAGGAUUUUCAUUUUUGAUGAUUUUAGGAUUUAUUAUAUUUGCCUUUGCACAUUCGUUACACCUUUUAUUGCGCCCUGCUACUAGUGUAUCGUUGGAUUAUCCAAGCUAUUCUACUGACCCAAACGAUCCAUGGAAUUUGGCCGCAACAUAUAAUUCUAUAGAUCCUAAUGGCACGAUUGAAGAAAGUUCUUCACUUAUUGAACCUCCUACUGCGACUACAAAUAUGUUUAUGAUGAUGGGCACAGCAAUUUCUGCUGUUUAUAUUAUGUUAACAGGAGACACAAGCCCAAUUUCUUACUGGGAUCUAGAUUCUAACCCUACAUUACUUUUAAUAACAAUGAUAUUUUCUUUUGUGGCAACAAUUUACUUGAUGAAUUUGUUUAUUGGAUUAUUAAGUAAUGCAAUAGGUGACACUAGUACAAGUGAAGCAUUUCUGAUUUUAAAAGCUGAGGUAUUAGAAGAAAUUGAAUUAUUAUAUAUGUUACCUCAUCAACGAAGAAAAGAAAAUUGGUUUCCAUUUGUUAUUUUCUAUGAAUGCCGCACAAUAGAGCUUCGCGAAUAUGUAAUAGAUAUUCAAAAGAAUUGGAAAGGUUAUAAAAAGCCAUAUUUUUCAAAGAAUCUUACUGAUGUUCUUCUACUCCCUAAAGAACAACCUGAUCUUGCACAAAUUGAUGACCAAAUGAAAAAGCAGGCUGAGAGUAUUAAGGAACUAAAAGAUUCAUAUGCUACAGCAUUCUAA